AUGGCACCUGGCAUUCUGUGGCUGUGGCUUUGCUUGGAGGGUGCUUCCUCCGCUUCCUCCGCUUCCUCCGCGGCGGUCUUCAAGGAGAAGUACGCGCUGAAAGCUUCGCUCCGACGUUGGGAGGCUGCUGAUGAGACCGAAAGGGAGCAGAUCCGACGAGACCUGGGCGACAUUCGGGACUGGAAUGUCUCAGCUGUGACUGACAUGAGCACUUUGUUUGCCAACAUGUUUUUCAAUGAGCCCCUGGAUGGAUGGGACACCUCCUCCGUGACCGACAUGCGCUUCAUGUUUUAUGGAGCGCAGGUGUUUAACCAGGACAUCAGCAUGUGGAAUACCUCAGCCGUCCAGACAAUGGAAGGAAUGUUCUAUUCGGCGACCAGCUUCGACCAGGAUCUCAGUUCUUGGGACACGUCUUCCGUAUCAGAUAUGCGCGCCAUGUUUUACAAUGCCAAGGACUUCAAUGGAGCAGUUGGAAGUUGGAAUACAUCAGGUGUCACCACCAUGUUCAAGAUGUUUAUGUCGGCGACUUCCUUCGAUCAGCCCCUUUCCGGCUGGGAUACAUCCUCAGUGACCGACAUGAGGUACAUGUUUCUGAAAGCUGCUUCGUUCAAUGGAUCCCUUGGCCAGUGGAACACUGGCAAUGUCAGAAGAAUGGAAGGUAUGUUUGCCUAUGCGAGCAUGUUCAACCAAUCACUAGCCAGCUGGGACACUUCAAGUGUUACAGAUAUGAGAAACAUGUUUCUGGGAGCAAGUGCGUUCAACCAAGCCUUAGGCACAUGGAACACGUCCUGCGUGACGGACACAAGCGGCAUGUUUUCGGAGGCUGCCAUGUUCAACCGCCCAUUGGGAACUUGGAACACCGCGUCCGUUACCAACAUGAUGGGCAUGUUCACGGAUGCGUGGACAUUCAACCAACAGCUGGCCAGUUGGGACACAUCCUCUGUGAAAGACAUGAGCUGGAUGUUUGCUAGGGCAGGCUCCUUCAAUGGAACUGUUGGAAGUUGGAAUACGUCGGCAGUGGAGAACAUGCAAGGCAUGUUUGCGCAGACAAGCGUCUUCAAUCAGGACAUCCAGCACUGGAGCACGGGGUCGGUGACCGACAUGAGUAGCAUGUUUGAGAUGUCUACCUUCAACAGGCCGAUUGGCGCUUGGGACACAUCAAGGGUGAAGAGCAUGGCGUCCAUGUUUAGUUUGUCCAAAUUCAACCAGAACAUCGAAAAGUGGGACACUUCGUCUGUGACCAACAUGAGUCACAUGUUUGAAUACGGGUCCAACUUCAACAAGCCCAUUGGGUCAUGGAACACAUCAGCAGUCAGGACCAUGAAGUGCAUGUUCCGCGUAGCUGUUCACUUCGACCAGCCGCUCGCUUCUUGGAGCACUUCACAAGUGUUUGACAUGAGCUACAUGUUUCAGGAUGCACGCUCCUUCAACAGUGCCAUCGGCACCUGGGACACGCAGUCCGUUGUGACCAUGCACUCAAUGUUCCGUCAGGCCAGCAUGUUCAACCAGCCCAUCGGUGGUUGGAACACCUCGAAAGUGACAGAUAUGGGCUUUAUGUUCUACCGGGCCAGCAAUUUUAAUGAAGACAUAGGCAGCUGGAACACCUCGUCCGUGACGAACUUGCAGUCCAUGUUUCAUGGGAGCAAGGCCUUCAACCAGGCAAUUGGCAGCUGGGACACCAGACUGGUGGUUGACAUGUCCCAAAUGUUUUACGACGCUUAUGCCUUCGACCAAGAUAUUGGCGGAUGGAAUACGUCGUUGGUGACGAACAUGAGCCAAAUGUUCUUUGCUGCGACAAGCUUCGACAGAGAUUUGGCAGCUUGGGACAUCGGAGCGGCGCAGGACAUGAGCCAGAUGUUUGUUGCUGCCACUAGCUUCGACAGAUCCAUGACCAUGUGGCACGUUGGCUUUCGAUUUUUGCCAGAAGGGAUGUUCCGUGGAUCUGGGAUUGCUUCAUGCACCCUCUUGGAGCGCUACAGUUUGCCUCCUCCAGGAUACCUGCCGUGCCCCCAGUGCCUUGCAAGUGGCUGCGGGAGCACAUCAUUGGCAUGUCUUGAGGGAAUGUGUAAGCCAACAACUCUGGGUUUUGUAGAAUUUGGUGAGUGUGGUGGCUUGGGUUGCCGGUCGCAAGAUGACCAUACCAUUUAUGAUAUCAGUUUUGGAGAUUGUGCGGCAGGCUGCUCUCAUCUGGAGAACUGCUCAGGCUUCUUCUUUUCUUAUGAACGGGAGCUUGGGCAACACUCCCACUCUCGCUGUGAUCUGCGCAUCGCCCAAGACUUUCCUGUCUUCGGAUAUCGGCUGGCUGGCAGCAAUAUCUAUGCGUUUCGCAAGGCGACUUGCAAGAGCUUCUCGUGUCCAAGUUGGGGGACCCUGGCGCCAUCUCCUGGAAAAGAUGUCACUGCAGCCUCCUGCUGCACAUGUUUGGCCGCGAACGCAGUGCAGGUCGUGAGCAACACCCCUAAGCUGGAGUGCUCUGUCUGUGCAGCUGGCACCUUCCCAGCUAGUGAUCAUCGAUCCUGCCGAACGUGCCCUGCCGGCCGCUAUGCCCCGGAAGGCUCCAGCUCAUGCAAGGUCUGUGUUGGAAGCCGCUCAGUGCCUAACGCAAAUCAAAGUGCAUGCCAUGAAUGCCCCAAGGGCAAGUUUGUUCCCCCUGGCUAUUUGUUCUGCGAGACCUGCGAUUUCCCGUACCUUCUCGUCAACAAUCGGUGCAUAUGGUGGCACCUUCCCAUAAUCGUUGUCUUCCUCUUGACUGGUCUGCUCGCUGGCCGCAUGCUGGUGGGCUUCGUCGAAAAGAGGAAGCGCGGCCAACGGAAACAGCAUGAAGAGGAGGUGAACGCGGCCAUGGCUUGGCUGGAAGGUGCCUUGUGGCAACGUGACGAGGGAUCUCUUGCAGAUGCUAGGCUCGCCUUGCAAAAUCUGGGUGUCAGUGCUGCUGCCCUGGACACAGAAAUUCGCCAGAUUCAAGCCCAGCAAAGCUUGGUGGCAGGAGUGGGUAUGGAGUAUUUGUUGUCCGAGGACUUCCGAUCUCUUGCCACGGGCCGCUCCGGGAAGCCAGACCCCACCUUCAACGAUCUGAAAGAAGCAUUUUGGAUGUGCCCGAGUCCCAUUGGUGAGGAUGUACUUUGCCCCAGAGAUGGGCGUAAAGGGAUUGCCUUGGUGGAUUGGCUGCCAUCGCGGCAUCGUCGACCACAAACGCACUUUAUGUCCUGGACAUGGCGCUACAGUAUUGACCAGAUUCGAAGUUCACUGGAGAUGUGGAUGGCUGACAAGCCAAAAGAGCUUGGUGAUGUCUCCUUCUUCAUGUGCUUCUUCGUGAACAAUCAGUUCAGGAUCAUCCUCGAAGGCCUCACCACGGGCAGUGACGACCUUGAGAGGGUAUUCAAGGAGAACUUGACUCGUAUUGGCCGCGUGGUUGCUGUGCUCGACACCUGGAAGCAGCCCGUCUACCUUACUCGCGUUUGGACCAUAUACGAGCAGUUCACGGCGUGCUCCCUGGAGGUGCCUGUGACCUUUGUGAUGCCGCAGAGUUCCUCGGAAUCUUUGAACGUGCAGAUCCUGCGUGGAGCCGAGGGCAUCGAGGAGGUGAAGCAAAGCCUGUGCCAGGUGGAUGUGAAGGAGGCGGAGGCAUGGGAUGUGCGAGACAAGCUGCAGGUGAUGAAGGCCAUCGAAGACACGGUGGGCUUUGACCAAGUGAACCGCCAUGUGAGGAGUACGAUGGUGAGCUGGAUUGGGUCUAUGGUGCAACAGAAAUUCCAAGAAUUUGUGAACUCAGUGUGA